CAUGGCGCGAUAGUAAGUGCGAGCAAGUGGAUACACAUUUCGCGUCGAAAGGACUUAAAAAAUGCGUUACGUGGCCGCUUACCUGCUUGCCGCCCUUGGUGGGAAAGAAAAUCAAACUUCUGCAGACAUUGAAAAGAUUCCCAGUUCUGUCGGUAUCGAAGCUGAUAGUGAGAGACUGAAGAAAGUUAUCAGUGAAUUGAAUGGGAAGAACAUUGAGAGUGUGAUAGCAGCAGGUCGUGAGAAGUUGGCAUCAAUGUCAGUUGGUGGUGCUGCUGCUCCUGCUGCUGCAGCUGCGGCUGGAGGUGGCAGUGCUGCUGCAGCUGCUGCUCCAGAGGACGAGGAGAAGAAACCUGAAAAGAAAGAAGAGUCUGAAUCGGAUGAUGAUGAGAUGGGCUUCGGAUUAUCUAAGUUUGGAAACUGUUUCAACAGGAAAAGAGAAGAAACGUAG